UAUCUCCUGUGAGGAGCGCGUCCUGUGAGAUUUGGGCAGGGUGGAGGGUGGACUGGGAGCAGAGGCCUGUGUCUGGCUCUUGUGGAGACCCUUCUUUACAGCCUCUGUGUGUCCCUCUCGUCUCCCAUAGGCAGGAUGAUCCCGGUGGCCGAGUUCAAGCAGUUCACGGAGCAGCAGCCGGCAUUCAAGGUGCUCAAACCCUGGUGGGACGUGCUGGCUGAGUACAUCACCGUGGCCAUGCUCAUGAUCGGGGUCUUCGGCUGCACCCUCCAGGUGACACAGGACAAGAUCAUCUGUCUGCCCAGUCACGAACCCCGGGAGAACUCAUCCGAUGCCCCGUGCCAGCAGCUGCUGCCUCGGGGGGUAUCUGAGCAGAUGGGGGGCCUGCGGGAGGUGAGCGGCCUCAAGAACAACCUGGACCUGCAGCAGUACAGCUUCAUCAACCAGCUCUGCUAUGAGACUGCCCUGCACUGGUAUGCCAAGUACUUUCCCUACCUGGUCAUCAUCCACACACUCAUCUUCAUGGUCUGUACCAGCUUCUGGUUCAAGUUCCCUGGCACCAGCUCCAAGAUUGAGCACUUCAUCUCCAUCCUGGGCAAGUGCUUUGACUCACCUUGGACCACACGGGCUCUGUCCGAGGUCUCCGGGGAGAACCAUAAGGGCCUUGCUCCUGGACGGGCAGUGGUGGUGGCAGCCGCUGCCGGGGCAGGGUCGGGCAAGGCAGGUGAGGGCGAGAAGGAGAAGAUGCUGGCGGAGCCUGAGAAGGUGGUGACAGAGCCACCGGCCGUCACCCUCCUGGACAAGAAAGAGGGUGAGCAGGCCAAGGCCCUGUUUGAGAAGGUCAGGAAGUUCCGUGUGCACGUGGAAGAGGGUGAUAUCCUGUACACCAUGUAUAUCCGGCAGACAGUGCUCAAAGUGUGCAAGUUCUUGGCCAUCCUGGUCUACAACCUCAUCUACGUGGGGAAGAUCAGCUUCCUGGUGGCCUGCAGAGUGGAGACCUCAGAGGUCACGGGCUAUGCCAGCUUCUGUUGCAACCACACCAAGGCGCACCUCUUCUCCAAGCUGGCAUUCUGCUACAUCUCCUUCGUUUGCGUCUACGGCCUCACCUGCCUCUACACACUCUACUGGCUCUUCCACCGGCCCCUCAAGGAGUACUCAUUCCGUUCAGUGCGGGAGGAGACAGGCAUGGGUGACAUUCCUGAUGUCAAGAACGACUUCGCCUUCAUGCUGCACCUCAUUGACCAGUACGACUCGCUCUACUCCAAGCGCUUCGCUGUCUUUCUGUCUGAGGUCAGCGAGAGCCGCCUCAAGCAGCUUAACCUCAACCAUGAGUGGACACCUGAGAAGCUGCGGCAGAAGCUGCAGCGCAACGCCCGCGGCCAGCUGGAGCUGGGCUUAUGCAUGCUGCCUGGGCUGCCAGACACUGUCUUCGAGCUCAGCGAGCUGGAGGCCCUCCGGCUGGAGGCCAUCUGUGACGUCACCUUCCCGCCGGGCCUCUCACAGCUGGUGCAUCUGCAGGAGCUCAGCCUGCUGCACUCGCCCGCCAGGCUGCCCUUCUCCUUGCAGGUCUUCUUGCGGGACCGGCUCAAGGUGAUCCGCGUCAAGUGCGAGGAGCUGCGUGAGGUGCCUCUCUGGGUGUUUGGGCUGCGUGGGCUGGAGGAGCUGCACCUGGAGGGGCUUUUCCCCCCAGAGCUGGCCCGAGCAGCCACCCUGGAGAGCCUGCGAGAGCUGAAGCAGCUCAAGGUGCUGUCCCUUCGGAGCAAUGCCGGGAAAGUGCCGGCCAGUGUGACCGACGUGGCUGGCCAUCUGCAGCGGCUCAGCCUGCACAACGACGGUGCCCGCCUGCUGGCCCUCAAUAGCCUUAAGAAGCUGGCAGUGCUGCGGGAGCUGGAGCUGGUGGCCUGUGGGCUCGAGCGCAUCCCACAUGCCGUCUUCAGCCUUGGGGCACUGCAGGAGCUGGACCUAAAGGACAACCACCUGCGCUCCAUCGAGGAGAUUCUCAGCUUCCAGCACUGCCGCAAGCUGGUCACGCUCAGGCUAUGGCACAACCAGAUCGCCUACGUCCCCGAGCACGUGCGCAAACUCCGGAGCCUCGAGCAGCUCUACCUCAGCCACAACAAGCUGGAGACCCUGCCCACCCAGCUGGGCCUGUGCUCCGGCCUCCGCCUGUUGGACAUCUCCCACAACGGACUGCGCACCCUGCCGCCUGAGCUGGGCCUCCUCCAGAGCCUGCAGCACCUGGCACUUUCCUACAACGCCCUGGAGGUCUUGCCCGACGAGAUCUUCUUUUGCCGCAAGCUGCGGACAUUGCUUCUGGGCUACAACCGCCUAAGUCAGCUGUCGCCCCAUGUGGGGGCGCUCAGGGCCCUCAGCCGCCUGGAGCUCAAGGGCAACAGGCUGGAGACGCUUCCUGAGGAGCUGGGCAACUGUGGGGGGCUCAAGAAGGCGGGGCUCCUGGUGGAGAACACCCUUUACGAGGGCCUGCCAGCUGAAGUUCGAGAAAAGAUGGAGGAGGAAUGAGGGGGUGAUGCCAGGGUGGGACAUGUUGAGGUGGCGGGAGGUUUUGGGCUGCUGCCGCCCUACAAUCUCUGCCAUUGUCGUCAAGGGAAUUGGCCAUGUGAGGCCAGAUCAGGAGAGGAGGGGCCAGCAUGUUAGCCUUGUGGAGCCUAGAGAAGCUCCUGGGACUGGUUUGUCUGGGGAGAGACAGGAGGCUGGGGAUUUGGGGUAGAACCCCAUCUGCAGGGAUUAACCUAGUCAUGAGAGUCCCAGACCCAAACCUCACCUAGUAUUUGCCCCACCCUGGGCCAGAUCUGUUGCCCUUCCACCUCCCAACAACCCAGCUCAAUUAGUGCCUCUAUGGGGGAGGGGGAACAUCCCAAUGGGAUUUCCAACCCCCUCUCCCGAACAAACCAGUGUAUUUCUGGGGUUCUCUCCCAAGGAGGGGACACAGAGAGAAGGGACCAGCUUCCCAACUUUGAUGCCAAACCAAAAAAAUCCAAACCUGUUCCACUGAGUUGAUUCCGACGCACUGCAACUCCAUGCCUUACAGAGUAGAACUGCUCCAUAGGGUUUUCUUUGCUGUAAUCUUUUCAGAAGCAGAUCGCAAGGCCUUUCUUCCACAGUGCUGCUGGGUGGGUUCUAACCACCAGCCUUUUGGCUAAUAGUCGAGCGCUUGUUUGCACCACCGAGACCUUACUUUGACGCCAAUCCCUUAUUUAUCAGUUGUUCGCUCUUAUGGACACAUAAACUCAGAACAACGGCUCUCAUAUUUGGCUAUGCAAAACCAACUGGGAAGCUACUGCAAAGCAGAACAUCCCAGGCCCUAACUCUGAGAGACUGUGACUCAGGAGGUGUGGGUGGGGGCCAGGAACUUGCUGGUUAACAAGCAUCCCAUGUAAUUCCGAUGCAGGUAGGUGGUCCUAGGACUCUGUUGAGAAAUGCUUGCCUAAAGGGUAGAGACCUGAAUGUCCAGAGCAGGGAUUCUGAAUUCUUUUUUAAGUCCUAGGCCUUUUGGGAAUCUGAUGAAAGCUAGGUACCUCUUUCCUCAGGAAAGUGUUCACGUAUGGGCAAAAUUCUGCAGACACAGGCAGGCAAUAGAUCUCCAAAGGGCUAUGCAUGGACUUCCUGAGGUCAGGGGACCCUAGGUUAAGGACACCUGCUGUGCAGACUAGUUUCUGAAGAUUCGUUUACCGGUUGUUAUCAACGCCAUUCCCGUUCAUGGCAACCCCGUGUGUGUCAGAGUAGAACUGUGUGCAUAGGGUUUUCAAUGGCUGGUUUUUCAGAAGUAGAUCACCAGGCCUUUCUCCUGAGGCAACUCUGGGUAGACUCAAACUACCAACCUUUCAGUUACCAAACAAGCACAUUAACCCUUUGCACCACCCAGGGACUGAGGACCAAAACCAAAACCCAUUGCCAUCCUGGCAACCCCAUGCGUUACAGAGUGGAACUGCUCCAUAGGGUUUUCUUGCCUGUAAUCUUUAUGGAAGCAGAUUGCCAGGCUUUUCUUCCAUGGUGCCACUGGGUGGGUUUGAACUGCCAACCUUUAGGUUAUUAAUUGAGUCCAAACUAUUUGUACUACCCAGGGACUCCUUUCUGAAGACAGACAGGAACUAUGUCUUUUGAAUGUUCCCUGUGUAAGGGAGCAUAUAUCAGCGUGUGCUCAAUAAAGAAUACUAAUGAUGAGAACUCUAAUUCUGAUCUCUUAUGUCCACUUGUGUUCUUAUGUAAGCCUUCUAGCUCCCCAGACCAAUUCCACGGCAAGUGGCGACUGUCGUGUGCCAGAAUCAAAGGUGUGAGUCUAGGAGGGGGCUCAGAAGACAGGAAAACAGAGAGCUUAGCUAAUCAAAAGGAGAAAUUAGGUGGCAUCUUCUGCCUAGAUUUUUUUUCUGGAGAACUCCUUUUGCUCUACUGCCCAUUUAUUCUCCUGACUCCACACUUUUGUGUCUGCUUCAUCCAUAAGGCA